CGAACUGAGGAAACAAGCAGGGUGAUUUAACGACAGUGGUGAUGUUUCGGAGGCAAGUGACACUGCUGUAAACUGUCUGACGAACCACUACGGAGCAGUGACCCGGAGUAACUUUAUUUUAGACAUUUGUAGAAUUCACCCAUGACGCUGAAGAGCUGUUUGCACUUGAAUGUGUUGAAUUAAUCGACCUCGUUAUUAUUCAGGACCAUAUGUUGGUAAAUCCCAGUGCAGGAAAAAGACACAACAGUUUCGGUGGCUGUCUGGACAGGACCCGGGAGGACGACAACUCACAACUGUGGUGCCAAAGGGAUAGACACUCUUUAGGUGACAAGACGCCAAACAGAGGAUAAUCUGGACAAGGAUAACCUUGUCAAUCUCCCGGCGUUCAGAAGAAGAUAUAUUAGUUAGCUUGUCGAAGAAAACCCGGCGAGGUUGGCCAAUACUAUCGCCUCAAAAUAGACAGAAAAACAAAACAAACCAACGUCCAGGGUUUUUAGGAUGAAUCACUUAUCCUUAAGCGAGCUAUGUUGCCUGUUCUGCUGUCCACCGUGCCCCAGCAAGAUUGCCUCCAAGCUGGCCUUCCUGCCCCCGGAGCCCACAUACAGCCUCAUGAGUGACGAUAGUGGCAGCCGGUGGACUCUGCACCUCUCAGAACGGGCAGACUGGCAAUACUCGUCGCGUGAAAAGGACGCCAUCGAGUGCUUCAUGACACGCACCUCAAGAGGGAACCGCAUUGCCUGCAUGUUUGUCCGCUGCUCGCCCAGCGCCCGCUACACUCUAUUAUUCUCCCAUGGAAACGCAGUGGACUUGGGUCAGAUGAGCAGCUUCUACAUCGGUCUGGGUUCAAGGAUAAACUGCAAUGUCUUCUCCUAUGACUACUCGGGUUACGGGGCCAGUUCUGGGAAACCCUCAGAGAAGAAUCUGUACGCUGAUGUGGACGCUGCCUGGCAGGCGCUACGCUCACGGUACGGCAUAAGGCCAGAAAAUGUGAUCGUGUAUGGUCAGAGCAUUGGCACUGUGCCUUCAGUGGAUCUGGCCUCUCGCUAUGAGAGCGCUGCCGUCAUCCUCCACUCCCCGCUUACCUCUGGCAUGAGGGUGGCCUUCCCUGACACCAAGAAGACCUACUGCUUCGACGCCUUCCCAAACAUCGACAAGAUUUCAAAGGUAACGUCUCCAGUGCUGGUGAUCCAUGGUACGGAGGACGAGGUCAUCGACUUCUCUCACGGCCUGGCGCUUUAUGAACGCUGUCAACGCCCUGUGGAGCCGCUCUGGGUGGAGGGGGCUGGACACAACGACGUGGAACUCUACGGACAGUACCUGGAGAGACUCAAACAGUUUGUUGCACAUGAGCUGGUCAACUUGUAGAAAAGCUGUCAGAAAAGGGCGGAGAGGGAAAGAAUGUUUGAGGGGUGGUUUGAUGUUGGGAAAGGGGUGCAAAUUUGACCUUUUUUCUUUCUGACGUAAAGCAGGUUAAGGUGGUUGUUUGUCAGUCAAGUUUUUGGUGGCAGUCUUCGCUCAUUAUCGAGCACCUCUGCUCCACACGAUGCAGCUUUGAACCUACAACUGCCCAUGGUUUUUGCUUAUAGUUUUCCUUUUUAUCAUGUUGAAAAUUGCACAUCUUAAAAAAAUGUGUGAAUGAAAGAGAAAUAGGCAUGUGCUUAGACGACAUACCACGUGUACAAGACAGUUUGUGAGAGUGCCUGUGUGUCAUAUUUUUGCUGCCUUUUAAGAUAACAUGGUCCACGGUUCUUUAGACUCCUCCGAGGCUUCUAUGGUUCUGGUGAACUGCCUCUCUACAAACUGGACUGGACAAGAUUUCAACUGAACUCCAGCUGACUUUGGCGUCGUUUUGAUCCAACACACACUGCAGUCACCAUGAUUACUUUUUUUUUUUUUUUUUUUUUCAGAGUACUGUUCAUUAUAUUUUUUGUUAUUCAUGAUAUUUGCACGUUUCAGCUGUCACUGAAGACAAACUGACAUGUUAUCUAGCUGUGCCAGUGUUGCCAAAUGUUUAGUAUAAUAAUGCAGAGACGAACACACACGAAGAUAUUUGUACUUUGUGGAAAAAAACAUCUUCAAACUUCUCCAAAGCUCUGUUAGGGGUCUCCACUUAUCUGUUAGUAAUGACAUGUAACAAGAUGUUAAAAUCUACAAGAUUAAUAUGGAGCUCAGUCAGCAGCUCGUGCAGCCACUUCAAAGACUGGAGCUGUACGUCAUUGACCAAUAAAGUGUGAGUAUUUCAUCACAUUUCCACAGCUAGCAUUGAAGUUUACCUCUAAGUGUGUAUUCCCUUUCAUUACGUUUAGUCAGUGAAAUUGAUGUUUUGCAUUUAACUUUAAGAAAAUUAAAUGCAGGGUUUUCUUCAAAAAUAACAAGUAACCUUAUCAAUAUAUGACCUAUUCCAAAACCAAGUGUUGACUAUAGUUUAUUUGUCUUCGGCUUUGAAGAUAUUAAGUCCAAUAAUGUAUGUAGUUUUUAUUAUGGCUCCCAUAUGUGUACCUAAAUCAGAUGUAUCUUUUUUUUUUUUUUAUAUGAUACAAAUUUAAACUACUGUGACAGCAGCCAAUGCUCUGUGCUCUGAUGAAGACUUAAACCACUAAUACCCAUCAGGACUGAUUUUAUGAACAUAGCUGAUGUCGAUUGUUUCCAGUUCAGGUAGACAGAAACAAAUAAGUAUGUUGUAACUUAUUUAGAAGCAUUGAUUUCAGUGCAUUUAAGAUGAAAAAUGAAUUGACUGUAACCUUGGUUACACUCAAAUGAAUUGAGCUGUGACAAUGGGUUGUCACGUGGCUCAGCGUUAAAGGAGUCAUCCAUCGUGAACAGACGUUUCUGUUUUUGUCUUAACCUUAUUUUUUGUCUGCAUGGUAUUUCUGGAUUCAUUGUCUGAUCUUUAAUGAUGGGAUAGGCAAAGAAAUAAAAUAAAAUAAAAAGAAGCCUGCCUGUGACUCCUUCAAGGCACUGAGAAGUAAAUGUCAAAGUGCUACUGCAUGCCACUUAAGGCUGAUUGAUCUAUGGCCCGUGUAACAGCUCCAGAAAUACAAAAUAAAUCUCAAUGAAUCAUUUUCUUAUGGGUAUGUUUAAUACCUGCAUUACUCUUGAGCCUGUUUCAACAAAAGGGGUCAAAUACUGUUGGUAAUGAACCAAUGAGCCUAUGGGUGCUAUUGUAAACCCUCAGGUCUGAUUACUUACAGGUUGAAUGGAAGUUCAAAUCCAGAGCAGGAUUGGUAACUUGUUUGUGAGGUGGUGGUCUGAUGUAAUGAAAACACUUUUUUUUUUUUUCACAACUCAUGUCUUAGAAAGACGGUGGUUAUAUCUUUCAUUUUCACUUUGUAAAUAAUAUUUGUACUGGACAUGUCAUUUUUAUUUUUAUUUUGUUACAAUCUGUCAACUGUAGAUCUUUUUACUUCUCUUGAUAGACCACUGUCAGACUACGUUAGGCCGACAUUUAGGCUUUUCAGGUGGACUUUGUAACAAGUCACUAUGCCUAAUGUCAUCUCUGAUUUGACUUAUUUUGUAUAGCAUAUUUUGUUUUAGAUAUCUAAAUGUAAUAACAAUAUUAAUAUAGUAAUUCUAACAUGGAUAGAGAAAAUAAAACUAUCUGAGAAUAUCAA